GGUUUUCUCCGGGUACUUCAGUUUCCUCCCACAUUCCAAAAACAUGCAUGCAAGCGGAUUGAACACUCUAAAUUGUCCCUAUGUAUGGGUGUGAGCAUGGAUGGUUGUUCGACUCUGUGUGCCCUGCGAUUGGCUGGCAAGCGGUUCACGGUGUCCCCCGCCUAUUGCCCGAAGACAGCUGGGAUAGGCUCCAGCUAGCCCCGUGACCCUAGUGAGGAUAAAGCGGUUCAGAAAAUGGAUGGAUGGAUGGUUGAAGUAAAACAAACAACAACAACAAUGACCCCACACCAAUAACACAUGUGUUGUCACAAUUUGUUUUGCCCUUUGUUGAAAAGAGCAUGUGAAGAGAUUGGAACUACAAGCUACAAAAGCAUAGGUUUUCAGUUUUGUCAUGUACAUUAUGUCUAUACGGUAUUAUAAUUAAAUAGAGAUACCAGAUUGCCAAAGGUGUUCGCUCACCUGCCUUGUCUCACACGUGAACUUAAGUGACAUCCCAUUUUGAUCGACUGUCAAGGUUUCAAUCAACAUGACCAUCCUUUGCAACUAUAACAACGUCAACACUUCUGGGAAGGCUUUCCACCACAAGGUUUCCAAGUAUAUGGCAGCAAACGCUCAACCUGCGAUUCAGUGGUGGUUCACUGUAGUGCCAGUUAAAUGUAAGAUAAGAUAUCCUUUAUUUGUCCCACACUGGGGAAAUUUACAGCCUCCAGUGGCAAGAAUGUAGGUAGAAAGAAGAAAGAAGAAAAAAAAACAACAAACACCAUUCAAUUAAGUACAAUAUAAACACAAAAUGGAUAAAUCGCAGUGCUAUUUACAACUGUCUUUCUAACUAACUAGAACAAUGACUAACCACAAGGCACCCUGUGAACAUCAACUGCAUGGCCUCACACGCAGCACAGGGGAUUAGCAUGAGAAUGGUGUGUGAGUGCUGGAAGGUCAGUAGUUCAUUUCGAUCCCAAUCCAGCUCAUGCUCUCUCACCCUUGCCCCAUACUGCCCCGCACACAGAGCUCGGACCCAGCUGGGUCACCCUCACCUUAUCUCAAUUGCUUAUAUUAGUCACUGUUUGACUCCCAUCCUGAUAACUGUGGAAACAGCAUGGAGGAUAGCCACAACUUCUUGUACUUCGCAUAUGGUAGCAACCUGCUAAAGGAGCGACUGCAGCUCAAGAACCCGUCUGCAACGUUGCACUGUGUGGCCAGACUCAAGGUACGCUCAUCUACAGCUGUCCCACAUAAAACUUCACGGUUGUACGCAGAUAACUCGUUUCUGUUUCAGGACUAUAAAUUGGUAUUUGGGAACUAUAAAGGACUCGCCAGUGAGCGGUGGCAUGGAGGUGUGGCCACUAUCGAGCGCAGUCCAGGAGAUGAAGUGUGGGGUGUGGUGUGGAAGAUGAACGAGUCUGAUCUGAAGUCGCUAGAUAGUCAAGAGAACGUCAUGUUGGGUGCGUACAGCCCUGUGGAAAUAUCGGUAAGGACAAAAGGCCAGGAGCUUUGUUGUCGUACCUACUUAAUGAACAGCUGUGUGUACGCCGCACCGUCACCACAGUACCUACUGGUGAUUGUGAUGGGGGCAGAGCAAAACAGAUUGCCAAAACACUACCAGGAGAAGCUGAAAGCGAUCAAGACCAACAAGUAUGAGGGUCCCCUCCCUCUGAUGGUUGAGCUGGCGCUUGAAUGAGUCAGAGAAGCAGAAAUACACCUAUUUGAGGCCGGAUCCGACAGACUGCAUGCCCCCCUUACAAUGGACCAAAAUCACCUACCACUAAAAUCGAACAUAUGUUUAUGUUAUCAUGCUUAUUCAUGCUUCAUCCAAAGGACAUUUUGGUGCUUGACAGACUGCAGUCGUAGAGAGACCUGUCAUUGCUUGCUAUUAGCUGAGUAAAAAGAUUGAAGAUGUUUAUUGAACUAUUUUCCAACAAUAAAAUAUUUUAUAAGUCUG